UAAACGGACCGCCCAACCCUGACCCCGACCUUACUCUUCUUUCACUGUGUGAGCGUGCGGUGCGACUGGCUGGAUCCCGUCGCUUUCGCUUCGUUACCCCGGCUCCUCUCUCUCUGUCGGAAGCGAUCACAGCCGACGGCUCAGCGUCUCCUCGGACCUUAGGCGGUUGUGGGUAUCGGUGAGGCCCUAAUUGCUCCUUCGCACGCCGUCACGCUGUAGAUCUUGUCUCCACUAUUGCUUUCCUCGUCUCCGGAUAAGGUGUUUUGAAUUUUUCGAGUAAAACUUGUUGCCUGGAAUAAUUAGCUAAAUAUUGAUGUGCUUAAAAGGUUGUCAAUAAAGAGGCUUGCUAAAUCAACCAACACAACAGUAUGCAUAGCUCAUCCAUCCAAGUUGCCAACUAAUUAAGCUUUUUUGAACCUGGAAACUGAACUUUCUAAAAGAGUGAGGGAGAAUGUUGAUCAGCCAACAACUAUUGCUGACUUACCUGUAUCUUCUUAUUUACAUAUGCCUCUCAUCUGGAGUUAUCCUGUAUAACAAGUGGGUAUUAUCUCCCAAGUAUUUCAAGUUUCCCUUCCCCAUAACGCUUACAAUGAUUCAUAUGGGAUUCUCUGGUGUAGUAGCAUUCUUCCUUGUUCGUGUUUUCAAGGUUGUGGCACCAGUUAAGAUGACUUUUCAAAUAUAUGCAACUUGUGUCAUCCCUAUUAGUGCUUUCUUUGCCUCAAGUCUUUGGUUUGGAAAUACAGCUUAUUUGCACAUUUCAGUUGCCUUUAUUCAGAUGCUGAAGGCCUUGAUGCCAGUUGCAACAUUUAUCAUGGCUGUUAUUUGUGGAACUGACAAAUUAAGAUGUGACGUUUUCUUGAAUAUGGUGCUGGUCAGCAUUGGUGUUGCAAUUUCAUCAUAUGGGGAGAUUUACUUUAAUGUAGUUGGAACAGCUUACCAGGUCACUGGUAUAUUUGCAGAAGCUCUAAGGCUGGUUUUAACUCAGGUGCUACUCCAGAAAAAAGGCCUAACUCUAAAUCCUGUUACAAGUCUAUAUUACAUAGCACCCUGCAGUUUCAUGUUUCUUUUUGUACCUUGGUAUGUAUUGGAGAAGACAGGGAUUGAGAUUUCACAAAUCCAGUUUAAUUUCUGGAUUUUUUUCUCAAAUGCUGUCUGUGCAUUGGCCUUGAACUUCUCUAUAUUUUUGGUCAUUGGUAGAACUGGAGCAGUGACUAUCAGAGUUGCUGGAGUUCUGAAAGACUGGAUUUUAAUUGCUCUUUCUACAAUUAUAUUUCCUGAAUCGGCAAUUACUGGUCUUAAUAUAAUUGGCUAUGCUAUUGCUCUAUGUGGUGUUGUCAUGUACAACUACCUGAAGGUCAAGGAUGUUCGGGCGUCAAAUCAAUUUCCUACAGAAAGCACUCCUGAAAGGGCAACGAAGGAUUGGAAGCUGGAGAAGAAGCCGUCAGAUUUAUUUGGAGAUAACGUCAACGUAGGUGGGAAUGAUGCUGUGGUUACUUCUUUUAUGGUCGAUGAAGAAGCACCACUCCUCCCGUCUACGAGGUUUUCCAGUUUGAAGUCAACAUAGCAUAUAGCAGGAUAAACUGUUGCCCAGUUGACAAGUCAUUUUUCUCUCGGUUCUUGCAGCUGCAUCCGUCGGAAAUGAAAUAUAUACCAAAGUAUGUCAAUGUACUUCGAUCAAACUGUAAUAGAACUGCUAAAAGUUUUGCUUGAGUUUGAGGUAGGAAUUGAUUCUGGCUUUACUGCGGGCAAAAUAGCCGGUUUAUGUCGUCCAGAAGGGGCUGGUCGCAUUAUUUUGUCUGAUUCCUUAAAUUAUUUCAGUACAUUAAGAGAGAAAUUGUAGAAUUGUUGAGAUGCUAUUGAUUUUUAGUGGAACGUAUACGUGUUAUGUUUGAGAGGUGCCA